GCAGCGCGCACGGCUGCGGGCUUCCGGCCUCGGAGAGGCAAGUAUAGGAGCGGUAGCAGGCUCCAGAGCAACAGCCGGCCUUGUGGCUCCAGCACACCCAGUGUUCUCGCCCUCUGCUACCCCGGCUCUUCGCAGCCUGUUCUGUCCCUGGUGGCCGGAGGCUUCCGACCCCUUGGGACCCCCACCGCCAACAUCAAGAGCCCCUCAGCAAAAGAUCAGAGGCUGCUGGCGCCGGCAGCUUCAGCACCCACCAUGGGGAAGCCGGCGAGGAGGAGAUGGGACUGCAAGAGAUUCCUUAAGAACAAUUGGCUUCUGCUAUCCACAGUGCUAGCUGUGGUCCUAGGAAUUAUAGUGGGAGUCCUAGUCCGAGAAUACGGCAAUCUAUCCAACCUGGACAAGUUCUACUUUGCCUUUCCUGGAGAGAUUUUAAUGCGAAUGCUGAAGCUCAUCAUCUUGCCCCUAAUUACAUCCAGCAUGAUUACAGGUGUCGCUGCUCUGGAUUCCAAUGUCUCUGGGAAAAUCGGUUUACGAGCUGUUGUAUAUUAUUUCUGCACUACGGCCAUUGCUGUUGUUCUUGGUAUCGUACUGGUAGUGAGCAUCAAGCCUGGUAUGUCCCAGAAAACUGACGAGUUUGACAGGACAGGCAGCACCCCUGAAGUCAGUACAGUGGAUGCCAUGUUAGACCUGAUCAGGAAUAUGUUCCCCGAGAAUCUCAUCCAAGCCUGUUUUCAGCAGUACAAAACCCAACGUGAGGAGGUGAAAUCUUCAAGUGAAUCAGAGACGAACACCACGGGAGAAUCCGUAACAGCUGUUAUGGUGACUGCCCUUUCAAAAAACAAAACAAAAGAAUAUAAAGUAGUGGGCACAUACUCAGAUGGCAUAAAUAUCCUGGGCUUGAUUGUCUUUUGCCUUGUGUUUGGAAUCAUUAUUGGGAAAAUGGGAGAAAAGGGCCAAGUUCUGCUGGACUUCUUCAACGCACUCAAUGAUGCUACCAUGCAAAUCGUUCAGAUCAUCAUGUGGUAUAUGCCACUGGGCAUUUUAUUUAUGAUUGCUGGGAAGAUCAUCGAAGUUGAAGAUUGGGAAAUAUUUCGCAAACUGGGGCUAUACAUGGCCACGGUGCUCAGUGGGCUUGCCAUACAUUCCAUUGUAAUCCUCCCACUCAUCUACUUGCUAGUUGUACGAAAGAACCCUUUCCGGUUUGCCAUGGGGAUGGCACAGGCAAUGCUCACAGCCCUCAUGAUCUCUUCCAGCUCAGCAACACUACCUAUUACCUUUCGCUGUGCAGAAGAAAAGAACCACGUGGACAAGAGAAUCACCAGAUUCGUUCUACCCGUUGGUGCAACAAUCAACAUGGAUGGAACUGCCCUCUAUGAAGCAGUCGCGGCUGUGUUCAUUGCACAACUCAAUGACUUGGAUCUAGACAUCGGAAAGAUAAUCACUAUUAGUGUCACAGCAACAGCUGCCAGCAUUGGAGCUGCAGGAGUGCCCCAGGCAGGGCUAGUCACCAUGGUCAUUGUGCUGAGUGCUGUUGGCCUGCCAGCUGAAGACGUCACCCUCAUCCUUGCUGUCGACUGGCUUUUGGACCGGUUCAGGACAAUGGUGAACGUCCUUGGUGAUGCAUAUGGAACAGGAAUUGUAGAGAAGCUUUCUAAAAAAGAGCUAGAGCAGAUGGACGUCACAUCUGAAGUCAACAUUGUGAACCCCUUUGCCUUGGAAUCCACAAUACUUGAUAAUGAAGAUGCAGAGACCAAGAAAUCUUAUGUCAAUGGAGGCUUUGCCAUAGACAAAUCUGACACUAUCUCAUUUACUCAAACAUCACAGUUCUAGAGUCCCUUCCUUACUCAGAGCUGGGAACAUUUCAGGACAUCACCACAAGAGGGAUCUCUCAGCAAAUUAAAACAUAAUUAAGAGGGGGUAAAAAGCAAUUAGCCAACCUGAGUGCUUUUGAUUUGAUACCCAGACUUCCAGAUUACUUUCUAUAUUGGAUGCUCAGCCUUUGCUUCAGAAAGUAGAGGAAGAAGGAGAGGGAGAGAAAAGGGUAGAGGGAUUGAUUGAGAGGAGUUAAAUGAUCUGUAUUUUUAAAAAAUUAUCACUGACAGAAUUUGGAAGUAUGUAAACAGUGACUGUUGUAAUCACAGCCAUAAAAUGGAGCAAAGAUCGUUGUUUUCUCGGGAAUAGUUCGAUUUUUCACCUUUUUUUUAUUCUUCUGCCAUUCUGAGCCCAAGACUUUAUUUGAACUCUCCUUUGAUACAUGUUUUCUUUUGCUUAACACAUUUUUUCCUUUUUUUGUGGCAGAUUAUAGUGCAUCCAAAUAGUCACUGGAUAAUGUGCCAAAUUUUCCAUUUUGCACUUGUCUGAAGCAAAUUACUUUGGAAAGAAAACAAACCAGCAGAGUCCUGCAAUAAACAUUUUAAGAUGGGG